UGGGAAUGUACAGUAACCACCUCACGUGCCGAUGUGGAGCCGUCUUUUGAGUUGAGCUGAGGGGGAGAUUAUGUCACCUUAAUCGAUGCUUAAUCUUUCCUCUCCCACAUCCGGUCGCUCCCAGCGCUUCGAGAUUCUCAUCUUGCUUGCUUUUCUGCCGACCUGAAUAUCCGAUUCCCUUUAUUCACUCUCUCACAAUAUGAAUUCUGUGCCUCACCUUUUGAUGGUGAGACUGCCCCACGGUCACCUGUAAAUGGUGUACGCCCCACAGAUACAUCGGUCUACUCCGGAAGUUCUGCUCGGUCGCAAAACCCCGGAUUUUUGAUCAACAUAAUUCAACUAUCCUGGACGGUCACCAACCGGAGCAUCGCUCGGCUCGAAUUCUACAUUUUAGAGCAUAGUCAUACGUGCAAAGCGGGGGAUCCAACUAUGCGUCAUCCGAUCUAGACCUAUCCUGUCAUUCGACCUCGAUUCCGCGCCACACAGUCGCACAACGGCUUAUCCCGCACACAACCUUCGUAGCUGGCCCCUGGCAUUCGCAAACUCGAGAAACGUGACCGCAACAAACUUCCAAAAUGGAGGGCGUUCAGACUGUGGAUGUGAGCUGGCUUCAUCAUUCACAAAAAGAUCAUCUUUCGCGAACGAAGUCAGUUUCGUCGACGAUUAGCGACAAGUCCUCUUCUGAUAAAAGUUCGACGACCGCCACCCCCAACUCCCACCGAAGAUCUCGUUCGAAUAGUAGUCCGGCUGUCCCGCCUUCGGAUAAACCGCAACCCAAGCGCGAACCUCAAAACAAUACUGGAAAGGUAGAAGGGAAACGGGAGACAGCCGAGAAGACUGCAGAGCCAUCGAAGCAGCCGUCGUCGACGCCCUCCCCCGCAGUACAAAAGAGUAGCCCAAAGCCUGUUGGCGGGCGGCGAAAUUCAUGGAUAUCUAGUCUAAGCUCAAAGUUUUCCUCUGGGUCAACACCUCCGUCACAGUCGAGUCUGAAGGGAAGCCCUGCGAGUCCCAAGGCAACUUCCCCCCUGGAUGCCCACAACCCCUUCGGUGCGGCCUAUUCACCCAAGGACCGCGAAGAAGAGAGGAAAGAUGACCCCAGUCUAUCCACCUCUACCUCGCCAAAGGGACCCUCCUUCAUCCAUAAUGCGUUGCGCAAGUUCUCAUCAAACUCCUCUGGAGGCCUCCCCAAGCUACCUUCCAAUGGUGCGAUUUGCCCGCGACGGGUGAUGAACCUUGAUGAGGGUCGAGACCGGUGCAAAAUUACGGAAUUGAACCCAGCAAAGUUGAACCGCGUGGCAUUCUGUGUCGAUGUGGAAAUUGCAGGCAUUUCACACCGGGAUUCCGAUGAGGAUGCGCCACCAACGAACCAACUGCGACAGCCUCUACCCGAGUCUAAUCGUCAAAAGUCGAAAAAGGCCGAUGUCAAGGAAAAGAGUAAAGAGGAGGCUGCGGCGUUGAAGACACCUCAACCGACCGUAACUAAAGAGGAAGCACCGCUACCGGCAAUCCCUCAGGAGACCGGUUCCGCGGAUGCUCAGGCUACAAUCCCUGCAACUGAGGCUACUACCCCGAUAGCUUCCGCCGAUGCAAAGCCCAACGGGGAAACCAAAGACCCGACACGCAAGCAAGAGAAGAAGAAACGAUCGGAGGAAGAAAGAAGAGAACGCAAGGAACGCAAGCGCAGACAAGCCGUUGCCAAUGGUUCGGUUCCGCUGCAGCUCGAUGGGGAGAACGACGAGGACGAGAGUCGUGCCCCGGCAGCUGGCAUUUCUCGUUCGAAAACCCAGAGUCACCCUACCACAGAUCCCGUGCGGAUUUAUCGCCGCUGCUGUCAACUACGUGAAACACCAGUUCUCAAGAGGAUCGUUGAUGAAAUUUCGUCUCCUUCCUCAACGCUGGCUGAGUCUCCUGGUACCGUCGCAGCUUUGGACCUGAGUAAUUUCCCAAUGACUGCACAAGAUAUCGCAACAUUCAGCGAUUGGCUCGCAGUAGUACCAGUGCGCAAGCUCAUUCUGGAGAAUUGCGCGCUGACUGACGACUCUGUGCGAGCCAUUCUUUCCGGGCUUCUUUCUACCAAGACGGUUGAACAGAUGCGAUACCGGCGGAGACGGGCCCGGAAGCCAGACUCGCCUGUCGUUAAAGAUGUGCGAUGGGGUGUUGUGGAAAAGCUCUCGCUCAAGAAUAACCCAAAGAUUGGGCGUGAAGGAUGGCGCCACAUCAGCCUGUUCAUCCAUUUGUCCAAAUCUCUGAAGGCUAUUGACCUGUCCGGUGUCCCGUUUCCCAAGCCCCGAUCAUCGUCUGAUAGCUCCACCGGCUCUGCAGGGCACCCUCAGGUCCCCCCUGUUGAUGUUUGCACUGUCUUCGCUGACGCUCUAGGAGAACGCUUUGGUGGUGAGCAUCUUGAAGAAUUGUUGCUUAGUGAGUGCAUGCCGUCAAUGGAUCAAGUGAAGAAAAUCUGUGUUGCUGCCACCAAAAUGAAGUUGCGAAGAUUGGGUCUUGCGAACAAUGGUAUCACUCGAGAAGGCCUCGAACAUGUGGUUGAGUACCUCAAAGAUGGCUAUUGUGAAGGAUUGGACUUGGGCGGAAACCUUAUCAAGGACGAUCUUGAUCUCAUCGUGUCUGCCAUUGAGCCUGAGCAGCCUCUCUUCGCACUCAGUCUUGCCGAUUGUUCUUUGACGCCGGCUGUGAUCUGCCCGUUGCUCCAAGCCCUUACCAGACUUCACAACCUUCGCUUCAUGGAUGUUUCUCAUAAUCCCGCGCUGUUUUCAUCGCAACCGAGCUCCCUAGGAGCCUUCCGACGAUUCUUGCCGAAGAUGCCUUCCCUCAAGCGCAUCCAUCUGGCAGAUGUUGACCUUUCACCGGAUCAUGUAAUCGGGUUAGCCGAAGUUCUCCCAGAGUGUCCCAGCCUCUGUCAUCUCAAUAUUCUAGAGAACCCUCAAAUCGCAGAUAUAGCUUCCAGUACGGAUGCGGCCGCUCAAGAGGAGGCAUGUGCAGUCUAUGCUUCCAUGAUGGCUGCUGUUCGCGUUUCGAGAACAAUCAUCGCAGUGGACAUUGAAAUUCCCACCGCAGAGAAUAAUGAAGUUGUCAAGGCUCUGGCGUCUCAGAUUGUGGCAUACUCUCUCCGAAACCUCGAGGGCGGUGCAAUUGCAGAGGAACUGUCCGAGUCCAUUAUUUCCUCACCUUCUAGGGAUGUUCCUGUGCCUGAUAUCUUGCAACAUAUUGUCGGGCAUGCAAACGGCUCUGAAGAGCCUUGUGACGAGGAAGACGAUACAGCUCCCGACGAGGACUAUGUCAUUGGCGGUACUGGUGUUGUUAAGGCGCUCGGUGUUUGUCUUGGCAACUUGAACCAAGAUGGUAGCGAUGCUCUGGGAGACCAGUCAGCGCCACCCAGUGGUACUACGACUCCCAGACGCCGCAAGUCUCGAGGCAUUGUUGCCAAGCGGCCUCGUGACAUGUCGAAGAACCUGUUGGAAUCGGCAAGGAACAUUCGGGCUCGGAUUCAGACUGCCCUUAUUCGCGAGGACCGAGCUGGCAAUGAUGCCAACUAUAGGCGUCUGCAAUUCUUGGAUUUUACUCUCCAUAGGAUGAUUCAACGCUUCGAAGACGAGUACCCGGAGACUCGUAUCGUCCCUCAGCCCGCUCCUGCAUCAGUUGCUCCCGACAACGCCUCACAGCUUUCUGGAGAGGAUGCAACUGGACCAAGCGUGGUCGGAAACUUGAACGGCAGUGCCAUAGACAACGAGAACGCGAUCGAUGACGAGGAAACAGAUCAUUAUGCCAUUCAUCUCUCCCGCACCAGCUCCAUAACCUCCCUCCAUGCCCGCGCCAUGACAUCAGAAGAAGGCCAUGUUCACCGACUCGGCCAGAACCUCCGUCGUGAUUUCCUUAACCCACCACUUAGCCAAGGUGACCCUGACGACGACAAUGCUGCGCAUCUCGUCGCUCUGCGAGAGAAGCUGGAACGUCUGCACGAACAACAAUCCCAGUCACCAUUCGACAGCGCCGAGGCCGAACAGGCUUUCGAAAAGCUCGGCUCUACUGUCGACGAGCUCUGGGCUGCUCAGCGGCAGGAUAUCGAGGGCUUUGAGCGCUUCAAGCAGUCCCAGAUUGCGGCACAGAUUAACAGUGGUCUGCGCUCGGCUGCAUCCGUGCCUAGCGCCAGCAAAGAGGAGUCUAAGACACCCCCCCAGUAACGACACUCAGCAGAGCUCUGAGAGCAAGUCUCUCACGCCUCCUUAAUUCCACAUCUCAAACAUCCCAGCUCUUAUCAAUACGCAUGGUUUAUGGUCGUUGAUAUGUCCUCCACACUCUACUGUCUCUUACUGUUCGAAAGCGUUCCUGUCAUACAUAUUGCCUGUCCAUGUUCGAAUAUUACCUUACUUUAUCCUCGGCAUUAUCAUUAACUAUUACUAUUUUUUCAUGCUUGCUGCUACCAAUUUGAUUUUCACAGCCAUCAAAUGGGUCUUGUACAUAUGUGACUUACUUGGUUGGUUCAGCAGCGCUCGCCAGAUCUUAUGGCUCAACUUCCAUUUCCCGGUCAUCUUCAACUAUGUUUGUGACUUUUUUCACAAUUCAAUCUAAUAGUAUUUACGGGUAUCCUAUCAAGCCCUAGGCAUACCUCGGGAGCCUCUAUUAUAGUCAGUGUUCAAGGUAGAGGUGUACUUGUCCCGAAAGAAGUAUUGUUGAUUAUCUUGCCUACGUGUUUCGUGCCUAUUGAAGAAAAAUGGUAGUAAAAAGUCUAUCAAUGAUUCGAAUCCCUAGCAUCCCGCCGGGACACUUGAGAUAGCUACUGCAUAGACAAAACCCAACUCCAAUUAUGGCAGCUGAGAAUCAGAGAAGGGGAAGCGAAGGAAAAGAGCGAUCAUCACGGCAUCCAAAGUCCAACCCGCCAGCGGGAAUUAUGCAACAGAAACGAGAAGUUAUUAAUACAGGUCAUGAAGGCAUCCAUCAUCCAACUGAAGGCAAGUAUCCGGCACUGCAGUCUAGUUUUAUUCCGGACUAGGAACGUCCUUGAGGAUUUCCCAACCAUAUUCCUCUUCUGGUUUCUCAGGCUCCAUCCCCAAGGCGUUGCGGUAGGCCCGGACUUCAUUCUGUAGACCAGCAAUGAUGCGGAUGGGGACCUCCUCUUCAUUCGACCUGAUUCGGUGUGCAUUGCGAAUCAUUUGUGCGCAUUUCAUUGUUUGUGUGUGCCAGUAGUCCCGGUCCAGACGGCUCUCCAGGUGUGCGUCUCGCUCUGCCUGUAGGAGGUUGUUGUAAUGAGACUUUUGGUAGAGGAAAUGCAAAUUGUUGUUUUGGCAAUAGUUGCGGAUUUGCUCCACCAUUGUGCCGACGCUGGCUUCGUAUUCACCGAUCAAUUUGGUGUUUUCGACUUGUUCCCGUCUAAGAUCUUCGACUAGCCGCUUCUCCUUGGCAAGGGCACGUUCGAGCUCUGAAAUGCGGGCA